UAUAUGAUGCUUUCUACUAUCUGCCUAUGAAAUAAAUUUGUUAACACUGCUAACGAAGCCGUUUUGUCCAAAUAAAAGUAGUGCUAACUGAUAACCACGGACUUACAGAAUCGGAUAAAGUAACUUAGCGUUAGUUAACGUUAGCUUAGCUUAACUAGUUAGUAAGGGUUUCUGUUUCUGCAGAACACUUUUUACUCAACGUCACACAAGCGUCCCAAUAAUUAAAGCCAAACUGUAUAAUAGCUUGCACCCAGUUAACGUACACAGCAUCGUUGGAGUUGUUAGCUUGCUAGCUAGAGUUAUUUAAAAUAACAAGACGACGAAUUGCCUGUCGUUUUUCAGAUUACUAGCUAACGUUAUUUAGCAUUCGGCUAUCCUGUCUAACUAGCUUUCCAACUAUCUUUUGUCGUAAUUGUAACGUAUUUUAUGUAAACCCCACAGGCAAGAUAAUGAACAAAAAUGCUCAAAAUUGUCGACAUAAUUCUCUAGAGCUACAGCCACAAUCGUUUUAAGAUAGCUGUCCCUAUCAGCUAUCACAUUCUCUGUCAUAAAAAGCAAAUGUCCAGUAGAUAAUACACUAGUGGUUUUCAGCCCUUGUCUUGGAUUCCCACUGUUCUGCAUAUUCUAAUGUUUCCUAGCUCUCAGCACACCUGAUCAAACUAAUCGGUUAACAAGCCUUUCCUGUGGUAAAGUGGGCGUAGUAGAACAUGGAAAACAUAAAAAUAUGGAUGGCAUGGUGGUCUCCAGAAAAAGCAGUUGGAGAGUGGCGGAGCCGUAAUCCAGAUUAAAACCACUAUCACUCUUUACAAGAGGGCGGUGUCACUAAUGUCAGAUUCAAGGCGGAGGGUUAGCAGAGGGAGCCAGGAGGAGUCUGCCUCACAUGCCAAUGGAAUGGGAGGCCGCAGUAGGCCAGACAGAGCAGCAGAUACUGGUGAUGAGGAUGAUGGUGCAGGUCCAUCAGGUAUCCACGAAGAAGAUGAUGACCCGGCCCGUCGGAGGGAAAUCAGAAGCCAGUACAGGGAUCUCAUCAACUCUGUCCAGCAAAAUCGUGAGGAUAUGCUGAACCCAGCCAACAAUAAGCUCAUUGAUGUGUUAGAGGAAGCCAACAAACUGUUUGCCAAUGUCAGGCAGGCUCGGGAAGCUGCUUUGGAUGCUCAGCUGCUGGUCCUGGCCACAGACCUAGGGAGAGAAAAGGCCAGCCAGCUCCAUGCAGAGGGCUCAUCUUUUGAUCCAUCUGCAUUUGCAGAACAUUUGUUGUCCUUCAUGGGUCUUAAUCGUUUAGAAGAAGAGGAGGAUGAUCAAGAUGGCUGCUUAUACGGGUAUUUGCCUCCAGAUGCUUGGCAGAGACUUUCCAAAAGAGCAGAAUAUUGCUUCAGAACAGCCCCCUCAUUCCACUACAUGUUGGGCUCAUUUCUGGCUGAACCUCCACCACCACGUCAGCGUGUUGAGAGACAAAGGAAAGCUCCCAGUAAAGAAGCUAAACGCAUGAUGCCUACACAGCUAAAGAAAAUGGAAGAAUCACAUCAGGAAGCUACAGAAAAAGAAGUGGAGAGGAUUCUGGGGUGUCUUCAGAGUUACUACAGUGAUGACCCACAGUCUCCUAUAUCUUAUUAUGAGUUUGUUGUUGAUCCCGCCUCCUUCUCCAGAACAGUGGAGAAUAUUUUCCACACAUCAUUUCUUAUCAGGGAUGGCCUGGCAAGGAUUUAUUUGGAUGAUUCAAAGCUUCCUUGCAUAGCUCCAGUCGAAGAAGGUGAGGUGGAGCCUGGUGGAGCCGCCGCCCGUCACCAGUGUGUCAUUUCAGUCAGCCCUGCCAGCUGGAGGGAGAUCAUUGAAGCCUUUGAAAUUAAAGAAGCUUUGAUUCCCACCCCGAAAACAUUGACGCAAGAAAACUGAGGAGACAAUAUUUGUUUAUAACAUUCUGUUUUAAUUACUUAUUAAAUAAAUAAAACUGGGAACUAUAACAUGAUCGAGGCUUCAGAAUAGCAAAGAUUUAUUGCCAAAACUGAGAAGCCACAAGUGAGACCAACCAUUAGACCUGCACACAUUAGUGCAAUUUCUCUGCAUUAACACACUCAAAUAAGGACGUGAAUGCUAGAUUACGGAUUACUGAAUUGGAGAAUAUUUUAGCCUCCAAAGGGUCCCUUUGUAAGAGAAAGUUUUAUGGGAUUGCUAAAUGCUGCCAUCUAAUGGAGAAGAAACCUCUUAUGCUGGUAACCUGUAUAAAACCUCCCUGCAGUUGAUUGUGUAUUGCAGUUUUUUUUCCAGAUUUGUUUUGCUAAUCUUGCUGUUUUGAGCACUUUUUAUUCUACUAUAAAAUAGUUAUGUAAACAAAGUAACUUAAGUAAGUAAAGUGAUUUCAUGUGAAAUAAUUGUACAGGCAGCAUGUUCAUAACCACUUUCUGUACAUUAAAUGUUCUUUGAGUUGUAGCUUUUAGAGGCAUUUCUAACAAAAUCUCUAAAUGACUUUGUUGAAUUAAAAAGAACGUUUGACAAGAAGCAGAGAACAGUGAGGUGAGGCCUUUGAUCUUUGUGAGCAAAUUUAAGGCUAGAUAAUCUGAGAUCCAGUGGUUGCCGCAUUUGGAAGUUUCCCUCAAAGGCUGGAAGUUUUGGUGCACAAAAUCCAUUUAAUACUGCUUUCUGGAGUUUGACAUGGAACGGUGGACAACUGCAACAUAUUAGAUGUGGUAUAAGCAUCUUGACCACUUAGUCUCUGAAUUACAUAAAUGUCCAGAUUUUUAUUUUCAGUCAUUCAACGUGUUUUAGUGUGAAAUGAUUCAUUUCUACAGAAACAUUUCUAAAUUCUUUACAAUGGUGGUAAUAGAAACCAGAGAUUGAUGUGCACUGUACAAAUAUAGUCUUUUUUACUAUCCAAAGUGACAAGUUUUUGUAUGUUGAUAAUGUUAAAAUAAUGGUAAUUCUGAAAAAGUACAUUUUCUUUGGAAACUCUUUUGCCUUAUAUGUAUGUAUCUCUGUGUUUUGCCCUGUAUGUAUCUCUCUGCAAUGAAUGUUGUUGAAAAUGUAUACUUUAGGCCAAAACCUUCUCAAUGUUACAAUAAAACUGUCUUGGGCAGUAGGCAGCAUA